CCACGUCAUCAGCCUGCGAUUCAUGCCGUUACCGUACUGUCCAGAGCCUACAUACCUCCAGCAAACAUUCAACCGUUCGAUGCGGGCUGCCUGCAUACACCAACGGCCAGAUUAAAGUCACCGCACGCCAUUACGACAGCCCUACCGUGCUCCGCGUCCACCGCCAUGUGGGCCCCAUGGCAGUCACUACAAGGGCCGUUAACGAUUUUAAGUUAACAAACUUGGAGCUAAAGUCUUCACUCUUGAUCCCAUGGCUGAAUUCCACUAUCUGCUCCUCCUCUUCCUCCUCCUCCCUCUCGCCGCCGGCGAACUUCCGAUCUCCAUCCCGCUUCGGCGAUCUCACCUUCCCCUCCCCUCCGACUCCUCCAACAGUAUCGCAGCAAUGGCUUCAGCCUCCGUUCUUCGAGCUCAGCUGAUUAAAAACCCGACUGCUACGCCCCCUUCCACCACCACCGCCGCCCUCUUCCCCCACUCCUACGGCGGCUACUCCAUCAACGUCAGCUUCGGGACUCCGCCGCAGCAAAUCCCCCUCGUGUUCGACACCGGCAGCCAACUUACCUGGUCCCCCUGCACCACGAAAUACGUCUGCCGGAACUGCUCCUCAACGGCGAACGCCAUUCCGACCUUCAUCCCAAAAGCAUCCUCUACCUCCAAGCUCAUUGGUUGCAAAAACUCGAAAUGCGGCUGGCUCCAUUCGACAGAGUUUCUCUCACGCUGCCGCAACUGCCUCCCUUCAAAUUCCUCCGAUUGCCCUCAGAUCUGCCCGCCUUACCUUCUCAUCUACGGCUCCGGCUCCACCGCCGGGCUUCUUCUCUCGGAAACUUUGCAGCUGUCAACUCGGACGGUCGCCGAUUUCGUUUUGGGCUGCUCUGUGUUUUCCGAUCGGAUGCCUGGAGGUGGAAUUGCAGGGUUCGGCCGCGGGGAUUCCUCUCUACCGAACCAGCUCAGAUUGAAGAGCUUCUCUUACAAUCUAAUUUCACGGAAAUUCGAUGAUGAUGGCGAGAGCGGAACUUUGGUGCUGGUCGGUGACAACGGCGAGGUUAGUUUCACUCCUCUGCUCAGAAACCCUGUUCCAGCUGCAACAGCAGCGGACGCUAACUACGGCGCGGAGGCGUUUUCAGUUUACUAUUAUGUCGGACUGAGGAGAAUUACCGUCGGGGGAAAGAAGGUGAAGAUUCCUUACAACGCUCUCGUCCCGAGCUCAGACGGGAAUGGCGGCACGAUCGUAGAUUCCGGGACGACGUUCACGUUCAUGGAGCCUGCGGUCUUCGAUCCCCUCGCCGCGGCGUUUGUCGGCCAAGUGGCCGGGAAGCUGAACAGGUCCGGCGACGUGGAGGCGAUCGCCGGACUACGGCCGUGUUUUGAGAUUCCCGGCGGGGAAUCGAAGUUAUCUUUGCCGGAACUCGUGUUCCACUUCAAAGGCGGCGCCAAGAUGCGGCUUCCGCUAGAGAACUACUUUGCUAUUGUGGACAUAUCUCGGCCGGCGCUUUGCCUGACGAUUGUUUCCGGCGCUGGAUCCGCCGGAGAUGGCGGCCAAGGUCCGGCUAUCAUACUGGGGAGCUUCCAGCAGCAGAAUUACUAUAUGUUAUACGACCUCCAGAGGGAGCGGCUAGGGUUCCGGCGACAAUCGAGUAAUUAGUGCAAGAUUUUAGUUACUGUGUGGGAGGUGAACUUUGAAUAAGUGCUACACGGCAAGAUUGGGGCCGUUGGAUCGUGAUCGGACGUUCCACAUUGAUUUGCUUUAAAUGGAAUGUGUCCCCGUUUGCAUUUUGUUAAGUUUUAUUUUAUGAUGGGUUUUUCUUAAAGGCAUGUUGGUUAAAAUUGUGAAGAAUAAAAGUUGUUUUUUUUUCAAA